CUUGUUUCGAAUAGGAGAGAGAGUGAGAGUCCUCUUUAAAAUUUGAGUUCAAACUAUGGCACCGAAACAUACACGCACGAAAUUACAGUGCCGAAGAUGCAUCGCUCUUAUUCUCAUGUGUGGAAUUAAAGCUACAGAACCUGUCUCCGGAGGUUCCAGACGAAGCCAAGAUAUCUAUGGACAACCACUCGUUCAUCCAAGUCUCGAUAAAUGGAUUUGUUUGGGAAACCGGUACGUAAACAUGACACCAAAUGUAUCCAUGAUGUUCUCUCUCCCUCAUGCUCCACAAAUGAUACCACCGGCUUCUUUUCUCUACCCGUUCUAUAUGCUAUUCAGGGCGUUUCAUGCUCCUACUUACAGUCGUCGCUAUCUAAAUAGCACGUUGCCAAGGAUGAACACUCGACGAUACAGCAAAUAAUUUCACCUUACGAAAUUCUAUGAUGAUCAUUUGGUCGGUUUGGCUCGAAUUUCACGACAAAGCGGCACAGGUGUAGUUCAUCCUGCUUCAAGAAAAAAGGGGACGGCAAGACAAGCUUCUGACUUGUUCUGUUGAUGUUUAAGCAACAUAAGUUAUGAACCCUGUUAUCUUAUCUAAAAAGUUGUACAUA